CGCUUGCUGGACAAAAUGAUAUUCCUCACGGCUUUGCCCCUGUUUUGGAUUAUGAUUUCAGCCUCUCGCGGGGGCCACUGGAGUGCCUGGAUGCCCUCGUCCAUCUCAGCCUUCGAGGGCACAUGUGUCUCCAUCCCCUGCCGCUUCGACUUCCCCGAUGAGCUGCGGCCCCCCGUCGUGCACGGAGUCUGGUACUUCAACAGCCCCUACCCCAAGAACUACCCCCCGGUGGUCUUCAAGUCCCGCACCCAGGUUGUCCACGAGAGCUUCCAGGGCCGCAGCCGCCUCCUGGGGGACCUGGGCCUACGCAACUGCACCCUCCUUCUCAGCAACCUCAGCCCCGAGCUAGGCGGCAAGUACUACUUCCGGGGAGACCUGGGGGGCUACAACCAGUACACCUUCUCGGAGCACAGUGUCCUGGACAUCAUCAACACACCCAACAUCGUGGUCCCCCCAGAAGUGGUGGCAGGCACGGAGGUGGAGGUCAGCUGCACGGUGCCUGACAACUGCCCAGAACUGCACCCGGAGCUGAGCUGGCUGGGCCACGAGGGGCUGGGGGAGCCAGCCGUGCUUGGUCGGCUGCGCGAGGACGAGGGCACCUGGGUGCAGGUGUCCCUACUGCACUUCGUGCCCACUAGGGAGGCCAACGGCCACCGGCUGGGCUGCCAGGCCUCUUUCCCCAACACUACCCUGCAGUUCGAGGGCUAUGCCAGCCUGGACGUCAAGUACCCGCCAGUGAUUGUGGACAUGAACUCCUCUGUGGAGGCCAUCGAGGGCUCCAAUGUCGGCCUGCUCUGUGGGGCUGACAGCAACCCGCCCCCGCUGCUGACCUGGAUGCGGGACGGGACAGUGCUCCGGGAGGCCGUGGCCGAGAACCUGUUCCUGGAGCUGGAGGAGGUGACCCCUGGGGAGGACGGCGUCUACGCUUGCCUGGCAGAGAAUGCCUAUGGCCAGGACAACCGUACCGUGGGGCUGAGUGUCAUGUAUGCACCCUGGAAGCCAACAGUGAAUGGGACAAUGGUGGCCGUGGAGGGGGAGAUGGUUUCCAUUCUGUGCUCCACACAGAGUAACCCAGACCCCAUCCUGACCAUCUUCAAGGAGAAGCAGAUCCUGGCCACGGCCAUCUACGAGAGCGAGCUGCAGCUGGAGCUGCUGGCCGUCACGCCCGAAGACGACGGAGAGUACUGGUGCGUGGCGGAGAACCAGUACGGCCAGAGGGCCACGGCCUUCAACCUCUCUGUGGAGUUUGCCCCCAUGAUCCUCCUGGAGUCCCACUGCGCAGCGGCCCGAGACACAGUGCAGUGCCUGUGUGUAGUGAAGGCCAACCCAGAGCCCAUCGUGGCCUUCGAGCUGCCCUCGCGCAACGUGACCGUGAACGAGACUGAGCGGGAGUUUGUGUACUCGGAGCGCAGUGGCCUUCUGCUUACCAGCAUCCUCACGCUGCGUGGGCAGGCCCAGGCCCCACCCAGGGUCAUCUGCACCUCCCGAAACCUCUACGGCACCAAGAGCCUGGAGCUGCCCUUCCAGGGAGCCCACCGGUUGAUGUGGGCCAAGAUUGGGCCCGUGGGAGCCGUGGUCGCCUUUGCCAUCCUCAUAGCCAUCGUCUGCUACAUUACCCAGACUCGAAGAAAAAAGAAUGUGACAGAGAGCCCCAGCUUCUCAGCAGGGGACAACCCCCCAGUCCUGUUCAGCAGCGACUUCCGCAUCUCUGGGGCACCGGAGAAGUAUGAGAGCGAGAGGCGUUUGGGAUCUGAAAGGAGGCUGCUGGGCCUUCGGGGGGAGCCCCCAGAGCUGGACCUGAGCUAUUCCCACUCGGAUCUGGGAAAACGACCCACCAAGGACAGCUACACCCUGACAGAAGAGCUGGCUGAAUAUGCUGAAAUCCGUGUCAAGUGAGGGAGCCGGGGGCAGUCAGUGUGGCCACCCCCCUUCAGGAUCCUCACUGGCCCCCACUGACUGUGGGCUCCUUUCCUCCGGAAAAUAGUGGGGCUGGGACCAGAAGGGGAUGGGGCAGGUGACUGCAGGGUCCUGGGGGCCUGGUCUCCCUCUUCUUCUUCUCUGCCCCCUCCCUGACAGCACACUUCCCUACCCCCAUUGUGGCUCCCCUCUAACCUCCUUUAACCUCAGUUGUCUGGAGGGGAGCUCUGUCUGUCCGUGAUAUUUAUUUUUACCCACUGCCUGGUUUCCUGCCUCCCAUACCUGGUCCCAGGGUCUUUCCAAGAGGGACAUGCAAUAAAUGCCCCCAAAGCCAAACACCUGUCUAGAAUCUGAUAAUUUCUGAUCCAACUUCGAGGAGUCUGUCACUCCCACUGUCUCCAAACCCCUGUCUAGAGUCUGAUAAUUUCUGACCUAUCCUUGGGGAGUUUGCCAUCCCCACUGUGUUCAGAAUGACCACAGAGUUUCCCUUUGCCCCCUGCUGGGCCCUCGUGGAAGGCAGGGGCCCAGGGGUUCUCUAAC